GGGCUCAAAUUGUGCGUACGCCAGUUUUAUAAAUCCGACCCCUGUACUUUGUGCAUAUCACAAGAAAAAAAAAUCAGUACUUGAAUACAGACAUUCUGCUUUUAAUUCACCUUCUUUCAGUAAGAAGAUUACAUAACACUUGACCACCUUUUAAACAAGAAGUGAAAUUCAGGAGUCAAAUGACUAUUAUUUAUAAGCCUGUAAUGUUACAGCUCCUCUGUUUAUUUGUUACCUUAAGCCUAAUCAAUUAAAUAUGCUACAAUGCAUACAGAAAGUAUUCACAGUGCUUCACCUURUCCACAUUUUGUUAUAUAACAACCUGAUUCCAAAUUGUAAUAAAUUAAUCUCUUUGUUCAAAAUUAGACAUAUUUUAAUAUAUAUAAACAAAAUGUGGGAACAAGUGAAGUGCUGUGAAUUCGUUUUGGAUGCACUGUGGAUUCUGCCCCUGUGGUUGAAUUUGUUGGAAAUCUACUGUCAUCCAGUAAAGAUAGGUACCCACCUUCUUGCUAAAUUAGUUUUAACAAGAAGACAGUGAGAUAUUCAAAACUAUUUACAUUUGCUGAAAUCUGAUUGUAUAAACACUUUUGACUUAAACUGUACAUGUUUUCCCUUAACCCUUGAGGCAACUUUCAUUUGACUAAACUUGUUUCAUUUUUCUUCGGUCCCACAGUGUUGAGAAUAAAGGGAUGCUGUCAUUGGUGGUCUUGUGAGUACCUGGGGGGAAACCAAGAAGAGCUUUUCCGUGACUGCCAGGACGAACAGGAGGACCACAUGGACCAAACCACGAAGGUGCUCGUGAUGAUCCAUGAUCCUACAGCCGAGGAGGAUCCAGCAGAGGUGUCGGUUGUGAUCGAGGGAAACGAAGUCCUCAAAGGGUGUGGAAACCAACAUCAACCUGUUGAAGCUGAUACUUUUACAUCAAGGCGGGGCCAGAUGGCGCCUGUGAAUGGCUUUGCCUGCUUUACCCCCUUGCYCAUAUCUUCUYUGCUUUUAUUUUUGUAUUAUUAUUUAGCUUUUAUUAGUCUGGAUAAAAACUUUGUCAUUUCCGCUGCCCGUGUUUAUGAUCGGGAUGCGCUGAUGGCGAUCAGA